AUGAAGGUUUUCGAGCGUGUCCUGGGAGCUCAUUUGAUGAAAAUUGUCAGCGUUUCAUUCAACCAGUGCGGCUUUGUGAAGGGCUGCAUCACUAUAGAUGCUAUCCAUGCUGUCCGUAUCCUCCUGAAGAAACAUCGAGAGAAGAACCGCAAUGUGCAUCUUGCUUUUCUCGAUCUCGAGAAAGCUUUUGACGGUGUCCCACAUGGGCUGUUAUGGAUGUCCAUGAUGUCGCAGAGUACCAGAAGAAUAUGUGCGGUGGACGAAGCUGCUUUAUGCCUACCAGCGUUAUGCGAUCUGCUGCCGGAACAAGCAGGCCAUUCCCUGUACAAGUAG